AUGGAUGCCCCGGAGGCAGACCUUGACAUCAAGCUGCAAAAGAUAUCGGGCGACUUGAUUGCAGAUCUUGACCGCUCUCUCGUUGCAUGCUUUCGCAAGCCCGGCGGCAAUGGAGGCGCUCAUGGGCGGUCCUUUGUGAAGGCCAGGGAGACUUUUGAUUCAACCACCGCCGUGCUGGACUUGUUCCAGGAGCUUCCACAGCUCCUGGAUCCCCAGCUCCCCAAAUGGAUCCCUUAUCUGGCACAUCUCUACCUGGAAUAUUCCCAGACGAGGCGCAGAGCGAAAAAGUCCAAGUCCAGCAACUCGUCCGGUCUCCUUGUUCCUGCCGACUACGCCAUCUGCAAGAUCCUCUAUGCUUUCUGCAAGGUCCGAGGAGAAAAGGUCAUAGUCCGCUUUCUGAAUGCGGAAGCCAGGUACCUCGAGUUGCUGCUGUCUGCCAUGGAGGAAGCUGAAGGAAAGUCCAAGCAAGACGCACCCUCGGCAUGGGAGUGGGAGCAGCGCUACGUGGUGCUUCUGUGGCUCUCGCAUCUCUUGCUGGCGCCCUUCGACCUUUCCACCAUUUCCACCUUGGAGACGGAAGAGUCUGAUGCUGCGGUCAUAAAGGGGUUCGAAUGGCCCAGCAACCUCCCGAGCAUCACCAAGAGGAUUGUGCCACUGGCUCUCAAGUAUCUGUCGUCACCAGGCAAAGAGAGGGAUGCAGCCAAGGCAUUGUUGGUUCGCGUCGCCAUGCGGAGAGACAUGCAGCAGUCUGGGGUGUUGGAUGCCCUGGUCCGGUGGUCCCUCGGGUCGCUCAGACACGGCAAAGACGAGCCGCCGCUUCAGGCCGUAUAUUUUUACCUGGGGGUAUUGUCCUUCCUGGCCGGGGUUUUGGGAUCCGCCGCAGAGACGUCGGAUAUGAACCAGUAUCACGCACCCAUCUUCUACUGCAUACACGACCUCACGCUCGGCAACAACGACCUAUCGAGAUCCAUCAUUAAGCUCGCCAUUGUGAGAAAGGUGAUUCUCAAGAUUAUCCGUUGCGUUGCCGUGUCUUUGCUGCGGCAAUCUCAGCAGAGCAUGGCAAACACGGACAUGGUCGAGACGGCCGUCGGCUACCUCCUCGAUAGCGUGUCGGACAAUGAUACACCCGUGCGGCUGUCGGCCAGCAAGGCUCUGAGCGUCAUCACACUGAAGCUGGACCCCGGCAUGGCUGCCCAAGUCGUGGAAGCCGUGUUGGAGUCGUUGAACAAGAACGUCCUGUGGACCCGGCCAUCCGACAGUGGCAAAGAAACAAGACCCGUCCGAAAUCUGUCGUCCGUUAACAAUCUAGAAUGGCACGGCUUGAUUCUCACCCUCGCCCAUUUGCUGUACCGACGAUCGCCUCCUGCCAAGCAGCUCUCCGACAUAAUCCAUGCCCUACUGCUGGGCUUGUCCUUUGAGCAGCGGAGCAUGUCAGGAGCCAGCGUCGGGUCCAACAUUCGCGAUGCUGCCUGUUUCGGCAUCUGGGCCCUUGCCCGACGAUAUACUACGCAAGAGCUCCUCGACGUCUCGACGACGUCUGUAUUCGCCGCGACAACGCACCCUGCGUCUAGCACAAUUCUGCAAGUCCUGGGUACCGAGUUGGUUGUUACAGCAUCUCUAGACCCUUCGGGAAACAUCAGACGCGGUGCCUCUGCCGCGUUGCAGGAACUCAUCGGUCGCCACCCCGACGCGGUGGAGCGAGGCAUCGAGGUGGUGCAAGUUGUUGACUAUCACGCCGUGGCGAGACGAUCGAGGGCCGUGGAGGAGGUGGCUGUCAAGGCGGCAGAACUGUCAAUCCAAUACGGCACGGCGCUGAUUGAGGGCAUUCUCGGAUGGCGAGGUAUCGGAGAGGUGGACGCUCAGUCUAGAAGGGUGGCCGCACAGGCGUUGGGUGCCCUCGUUGCUGAACGAGCUGCCGCGGAAGGCGUGGACGUCUUGUCUUCUCUCACGCAUUCGGUGGACCUGGUCAUGAAACGGAUAACUUUGCUGGCUAAACGGCAAGUGGAGGAGAGACACGGACUACUGCUUUGCCUCGCCUCCGUCGUAGACAGAAUUGGAGCGUCUAUCCAACACAGCCGAGAGCCGAGUGAGGCUGAACCAUUGUUGAUUCGCAAGCUCGUGGCAUUCGUGUCUGACGCUCUUGAGGACUGUCGCGUUACCGAGUACCGCAAACCGGAGCUCGUCGCGGAGGGCGUCAGCCGCCUGGUUGUUUCAUCGAUGCCGAUACUCCAGCUGGCCGUCUUUGACCAGCGGGCCGAACUGACGCCACUGCAAACCGGACAGCAUUCUUCAUCGCCGGCUCAACCGAAAAGCUUCCUCACCGCUACUUCUCAACGACGGGUAAGCCCGAGCAACCUGUCGAGAUACAACGUAGAUGGGCUGCUCACUUCAUUGCGGGAGGUUAUCCCGUCGUGGUUGAGCCGGAACGAGCCGGAAACCGUCCAACUGUCGUCCACAGCAGCAAUAGCCCUGGCCGUGUUCUCAACCAGCCAAGAUCGGGAAACCAUGCUUCAGGGUUGGGCCACGACGGUGGGGGCCAAGCCCACGUCUCGAGCGUUGACGACUGGUAAAGGGUAUUUCCACGCUUUGGCAAUGGCACAGCCCGUGGCGGCCGAGCAGGAUCACGGCGCGGACGAGCGGGACGUGGCCUCGCAGGCAUUGCUAAGUCGGUGGGGAAAGGACGACAAUGUCGACACCAGAGUCACCAUCCUGCAAAGCCUGAUCCGCAGCAGUCUGCUCCAAGCGCACACCGACAGGUUUCUCAGCCUUCUUGUCGAGGGCUUAAACGACUACACCACAAAUGCAAGAGGCGAUGUUGGCUCACACGUCCGCGUACAGGCGUUGCGAGCGGUCCGCAGUCUGUUUGCAUCACCGACGCGCCCGGAGCGUCUGCAAAGCGCCAUCAAGAAGCUCAUUCCCAGCAUUCUACGUCUAUCGGCCGAGAAGCUCGACCGCGUCCGUUUGGAGGCGCAAGCCGUGGUUGGAGCGAUGAUGAAAGCCGGGGACGCCGAGCGAUUCCGAACUCUGACCCUGUCAAGCACGGAGUAUUUCGAGGCCCUGCUGGGCCUUGUUGCCUCCGGAUCCUCCUCGCGCACGGUACUCGGGUUUCAAGAAGGAGACGAGGACGAGUGGAUGGGGGAGCUGAUGGCCGGCUUCGUUACGUCGGCCGACACGGGCAACGAUGACUUGGUGGUUGCGAGCCGCACGGCGCUGACGCGGUUUUGCGAGUCGUCCCGGGAGCACCUGGAGCUGGUUUGCGCUUCGCUGGUGCAGAAUCUGCGGACACGUCGCGCAGACGACCGCGUGGCAGUGCCCACGCUGGAAAUCAUUGCCUUUCUGUUCCACGUGGGCCUGCUGCAGGCCAGCGAGAGCACCGACCUGGCGGACCUGUGCGAGUGCACGCGGAGGGCAGGGUACAAGACGGGCAGCGUCCGAAAGCUGGUGGCCUGCGUCAAGGUCUACGGGGCGAUUGCGACGACAACAAGAGUCGAGCAGGCGCGCGGCGCCGAGGCCGGGAGGGCCGGGAGGCAGCAGGCGAGGAAGCGCCUCGGCGCGCUCCUGUCUCACCCUUGGCCGAGGGUUCGCAGCGCCGUUGUGGACGAGAUGUGGGGGUUGUCGGGAUUUGGGGAAGAGGGCGAUGCGCAACUGACCAGCGUCGACUGGUCCGCCGCAGGAAAGGAGCAGAUUCGGGCCACGGUGUACGCGUUGGGCAUGGAGUAG